UUUAUAGAAAUAGGUGGGGUUUAUGACUUUGGGGGUGUGGUAACUAGUGAUGACCAUGUAGGAUGGUAGCUAUUUCUUCUGUGGGUGUAAGAAGGGCCGUCACAUUGUGAUUAACAUUUUUCUUCAAGUGGGUGAGGCAGUUUAGGAAGUGGCAUUUAUUGCUAGAAAUGAACCAUUUUUUUGUGCCUCUAGUAUAUAGUAGCCUAUAUUAAAUCAAUGGUAAAAAUGUAGGCUAUUAUUGGACAUAAUAAUUGUAUCAUUAACCUAAACUGUACAUGUUUAGAUGUAGGCCUAUCACUUUUUGUGUAAUCUGUAAUGGAUUAUGUCCCCAGGUGUGGUUGUAUUGUGUUUUUAAAUUGGCAAAUAAAUGAAAUCUAAAUAAAUACCUUGUAUUUGUUGUGAUUUUAUGGAAACAACAAAACAGCUUGCAGCCUCUGGCUGGCUAUAGGAGGCAGAGGGUGUCAGGCCGAAUUUGAGAUGAGAGAAAUUCCUUGCUAUUAUCUUUCAAAUUAAUUCAUGGCUAAAUGGCUAAAUAGCUGUCCUCUGAGCGGAGGCUUAAUACCAGAGAUGCAAAAGCGGUCUGCCAAGGGCUUAUAGUGGUCCUCUGAAUGGGGGCUACCAGCCAGAAAUGCAAAUCAUGUCUUGAGUGGCUAACUCGAAUGUAUAGCCUUGGGCGUUGUGCCAGCGGAAAAUAGCAUGCAGGGGACAUAUCUUGCUAUCUGGGAUGUACUGUACCUUUUGAGUGGGUUGGUCCUGUUAGUCACUCACAUUCUAAACAUGCACGUUGGUAAGACAUCUGCGCACGAACACACCUAUGUCCUUGACUAUUGUACAACUCUUUCCCUAGGCGAUCACAUAAAGGUUAUAAGUCAGAUUAAAAACCUGUCAGUGAUCAUAGGCGAAACCAGUUAAUCCGCUUGCAAACACCCAGUACAGUAAUUCUUCAGACACUCCAGUGGGUGGGGCAGAGGAGACUGUUUAAAUAGGUAGAGAUUGAAAGUGUUCCCCAUAUCACUAAAGCAGUGAGCCUUUCGAACCGGAGCACACACAGAUGGAAGAAUUGAGAAUCCAAUAUGUCAAUCUGGAACUUCAGGGCAACCAUGAGAGCCACUAUACCCAGGGGUUCAGCUCUAAAACCCUGGUGGUGCGGAGAGGAGCACCCUUCAAAAUCACCCUGCUCCUGAAGGGACGAGCCUUCAACCCACACACUGACACCCUGAUGUUCAGAAUCCUCCUAGGUCGGCUGUAUGCAGAGUUCCCCGUCACCUUCUCCAAGCAGGGAUCCCCCUCCCGAUGGAGUGCCUACUUCACCCCCAAAGGCCUGAACCCCAACUCUCCCUCUCUGUACAUAUCCAGCCCUGCCUCUUCCUCCAUAGGGCGCUACAGUGUUCAGCUCCACGUGCUCACACAGCACGGUCAGAAGGGAUACGUGGUGGGAGACUUUGUUCUCCUUUGCAACCCCUGGUGCAGCGAGGACGCAGUGUACAUUCCCUUCGAAGACCAGAGAGAGGAAUAUGUAAAUAAUGACUCUGGUUUAUUGUACAUGGGGACCCCUAAAAACCUUGAAUCAAGACCUUGGUCGUUCGAUCAGUACGAGCCAGAGAUUCUGGAUAUUUGUCUGAAGCUGCUCCAGGUCAGCCCGCAGUACGGCAGGAACUUGCACUCCGAUCCUAUCUACCUCAGUAGGGUGGUGUCUGCCAUGAUCAACUGCGAGGACGACCGAGGAGUCCUGAGAGGGAACUGGUUGGGCGAUUUCAAGAACGGGGUGAACCCCUCCAAGUGGACAGGAAGUGCGGAUAUUUUGAGACAGUGGGCCAAGUCCAAGUUCAGCCCAGUGAUGUACGGCCAGUGCUGGGUGUUUGCUGCUGUGAUGUGCACAGUCAUGAGAGCUCUUGGUAUUCCAUCCCGUGUCAUCACCAACUUCAACUCAGCCCAUGACACCAACGGCAACCUGGUCAUCGAGGAGUUUUACUCUGAGACGGGCAAGAAACUACCUCACAGUAAAGACAGCAUAUGGAAUUUCCAUGUAUGGGUGGAGUGUUGGAUGACCCGGCCAGACCUGGGUGCAGGAUUUGACGGAUGGCAGGUUUUGGAUCCAACCCCGCAGGAGAGGAGCGGAGGAAUCUUCUGCUGUGGCCCAGCCCCAGUGAAGGCUAUCAGAGACCGGCGUGUGGACCUGGUCUACGACAUCCCCUUUGUGUAUGCUGAGGUGAAUGCUGACGUGCACACGGUCAUUGUGAAGCAGGGCCAGGUGCUGAGUUCCAGCACAGACACAGAGAGAGUUGGUUCCCUCAUCGUCACCCAGACCAUAGGCUCACCAAGGCCCCAGAACAUCACAGGGAACUACAAACCCACCAAAGCAGCCAUGUCCUUACACAGAUCAAAGAGUGCAACAUUUUCAAGAGAAUCAACACAUAAGCGAGGGUCAACCCGGGGCCUCUCAGUGUCUCUGAGCCUCCUUAAAGUGCCCGUGGCUGGUGAAAACAUAACCUUCACAGUCAUGGUCACCAACACGGAGAGCAUCCCCAAGGUGCUGAGGGAGCAUGUCAACGCUCAGACCAAGAAGUACAACCGUAGUCCCUCGGGCACCUUCUGGGAGGUCCACAACGUCGUCCGGAUAGCGCCGCAUGAAGCUAAGGUCAUUCAUCACCUGAUCGACCAUGCCCAGUAUGAGUCUCUGAUGGGAGAUGACUUGGUCAACCUGGCUGUGGUCAUGGAGGACGAGUUCACUCAGGAGAGAGUCUUGGCCUCAGAGGAGUUCAACAUCACCAGCCCUCAACUCUCCAUACAGAUUGCAGAUGAAGACUCCGUCAUGCUACACAAGGAGCACACUGCCCUCGUAGUCUUCUGCAACACCUUCUCUGUACCUGUGAGCGGCCUACUAACCGUGACUGGCUCUGGUUUGAUCGAGGGGGAAAUGCACUCAAGGAUUCAACUCUUCAACCCAGGGUGCACUAUGGAGAGGAGCUUCAGUUUCAUUCCGAGGAUGGUGGGGAAAAAAAUGUUGCAGGCUACUCUAGUCCUCAAAAACAACUCUGCAAAAAUUGUAGGCUACAGAAUGAUCUCUGUGAAGUCAGCUUAGUCAUUUUGCAAUGAUUCAGGUGGUGCUAAUAAAUAUAAUUGUAUAUAAGGUAGGAAUUUCAUGUACAACUUAAGUAUUAUAUCUAUUAUUUAUAUUUAUGUAAUUUUUUUAAACUAAAACAUGUAUUUCUUUCGUUCUCAUAAUAACUUUGUUGUUUGAUGUUUAUGAUAUAGAUGUAUUUAUUUUUUAAUUUUAAUGUAUGAUUGGUAAUCACUACUUGAAUAGUCACUUGUGACUUUACAUAAAAUUAGGUUUAAUUAGUCAAUUGACAUUGGCCUGUGAACAAGUUAAAGUUUCUGGAGUUUGUUUCAUUUAGUUUGUUUCAAGUCUUUUGAAUUGAGUUUUUAUCAAAUGAAACCACUUUUUAUACAAAUAUGUAUACAAAUCAGAUAAAUGAAUUCUGAGUGACAAAGCUUACAAGUUGAAGUCUUCAUCUUUGUCCUGUAUUGUAGAUCACUUAAAUUAUUUUCAAUAAUUGAAACCACAUCCUCAUUCCCUCAAUAUCUUCUUAGUAUUUCUACAACACAGGUAUUUUAAUACAGUCAUAUGUAAUAAAUAUUUUUUAAACACUUUUUUUUACCAUAACCACAUCAGCUAGUCAGUAUUUGGACACUUCCUGUGUACUCUCCUGGCUGAAACCCCAAAACUAUAGUGCAUAGCUAGGCCUUCUGUAGAUGGUUGAAAAACAUUAUUUAUUAUUUGUUUCUAACUCAAAUACCCUCACUGUAGCUUGCCAUCAAUUUACUGGAGAAAAUGUGGCGAAAUUAUAAUAUUUUAUCACACGUGCAGCAGUAGAAAAAUACUGGGAAAAUCAAAAACCCCUAAUCAA